AUGCCUCUAGUCAGCAUAGCAGAUCUUGCACACGCUGGCCGAGAAGCCUAUGCCCGCUACCAACUCGACGACGAUGUCGACACGCUCUCUCAGGCGAUUGGAUGCCUUAAAAUCGUCAACGAUCACGUCCAAUUACCAUUUGUUCUCGCGGACCUAGGCGUGUACUUACACGACAGAUACGGACUAACUGGGAACUCAUCUGAUCUUGAAGAAGCUAUCACAUUUGAGAGUGAGUCUCUCGCUCGAAUUGACCCGGAUUACACCCGUCGGGCACAAAUUCUCAAUAACCUGGGCCAAUUCUAUAACUCGCGGUUUGAGUCAACCUCAACACCGAGUGAUCUGCAACAAGCUGUAGCUCAAACUCAGCUUGCCGUUAUGGAGGCCGUAAAGCAUGAAGACGAGGCAGCACCUGAGUACCUGGACUACCUUCUGGAGCUGAUUGCCACGCAAGCAAGCUAUCAUGCUACUGAGAAUGAUUCGACUGAAGCCUUCGGCAGGAUUGAGGAAAUUUUGGACUUCGGGCGGAACAUAGUAAAGCCCAGACACUACGAUCAGAUUGCGAAUCUCUCCUAUAUCAAGUCCGAAAUCACAUCUCAGCUACCGGAAUUGCUCAAAGCUAUCUCGCAUGCUGAGAGUGCCCUGAAUGCGACUGGAGAUGACCCAGACUACCGGGCCAUCAGGUUGACAAAUCUUGCCAACUAUCAGCUUACACUGUACGAAAAAACCUUUCAAGGUGAUAUCCUACGAGAUGCCAUUCGAAAUACGAGAGAGGCAGUCGAGCUCGCUAGUAAAGGCACAGAUAAUGCCUUGGUCGAAAGGAUGGCCCUGGCCAGCGCGCUUCAUCACAAUUAUCACUGGAGUGGCCAAGUGGAUGAUCUCGAUGAAGCAAUUGAGAUAGGUUUUCAAGUCGUCACAGCGACUGCGCCUCGAGAUGAAGAUUGGCUCGACAGCAUGCAAAAUCUUUCAUUAUUCGUCAAAACGGGAUUCAAGGCUAAGGGCGUACUUGAUGAUCUGACUGUUGCUAUCGACCUGCUUCAAUACGCAAUGAAAAAUGAAAGUCUUCCCCUCGAUUCUCAAAGCCGUUCUGCGGCAAUGGCGUUAGACUUGCUAGAAGUCAAAUACGAAUCUACCAGAUCCGAUCAAGACUUUGCAUUUGCACUCAAUGCUUAUAAUACUGCAAUCGAUCAUCAGCCUGAGGAGCCUGCCACCUCGGAGGCUAUUUGGAAGCGACAAUCUCAUGCAACAGCAACAAUCUCCACCCUCUUCAGGGAAAGGUUUGAACGUUUGAGAGACCCUCAAGAUAUCGAUACUUCUAUUAUCCUAGCUCGCCGAUUUCUCUCAGUUGAGAACUCCUUAAACCUUGACGAUUGCUCAAGUGCCUUGGCCCUCGCCCUAUGGACCGACUUCCGAUUCCGUGGUGGGAUGGAGAAGCUUGACGAGGCGGUAGAUUUAGCGAAGAGUAUUGUGAAACGCCAACCGCCUAGUGGGGCAGAUUACCUUGGAUCUUUGAACAACUUGAGCGGCAUCUGUCAGACGAGAUACGACGCGACAGGAAAUGAGGCGGAUCUGCAGACCUGUAUAGAUUCGGCCCUCGAGGGGCUGGGUGCCAUGGUCCCAAAUAGCAAUGCAACCCUUCGAAUUGCAAUGCUGCUAUCAGCAAGCUCGGCAUAUAUAUCCAAAGCAGAGAGGUUCGGGGAUCUGGAAAAUGUUCAGCUAGCUGUCAGAUACGCCUCAGAGGCAAGAGACUUGGCCAAGGAAAAAAGGUUGCCUGUGGAUCUCUCGACAUCUCUAGACCUGACCUUGUCACAGGCCCUUGCUCUUCGCUACCACUACCUUCAAGCUCUUGCAGACCUGGUCGACACUGUUCGGACUCUCCGCCAUGCCAGAAUCACGUCUUCAGAGCAUUUUCUAUUCCCGAUUGUCCUGAAUAAUCUCGGCGAAGCACUUAGAACACAGUUUUCUAGGACGGGAGAUGUAGAUUGUCUCAUCGAAUCCACCGAAGCCCUAGAACAGGCGGUUCUCAUGUCAUCCCCAGGCGAUCCUGCGCAAGCGAUGUACCGGAGCAACCUCUCCUUGAUCCUCUUCGAUCUCUUCAAGUUGACCCAGGAACGCGAGACACUGGACAGUGCCAUAGAGUCUAGUGACAAGGCGAUCCAAGAGACAGUCUUAGGCAAUACGCAGUUACCUGAGAGGUUGAACACCAGCGGCAGCUUGUACGCCGCAAGGUUUGAGCUCACUAAGCUGAAUUCCGAUAUGGAUGAAGCUAUCAGCCAAACCCAAGCUGCUGUUGAUGCGACCCCAGCAGACAAUCCUCAAUGUGCCAAGUAUUACAACAACUUGGGAGGGUAUUUCAUGAAGCGGAGCCUAGCACGAGAGCUAGAGGACACGGGAUCCUCUGAAAGAUCAGAAGAGGAUAUGAAAGCGUCACUUCAAGCCUACAAACAUCUGCUUUACAUGGCGGGUGCUACUCCUCUAGAACGAGUAGGAGCUGGCUACAGUGCUUCCUCGAUAGCAUACAACGACAAGGAUUUGAAGGGUGCCCAAAGCAUGAUACAGAAGACCAUCGAGAUGCUUCCCAAGAUCAGUCCCCUCGCACUUGAGCGCUCUGACCAGGAACACGCUUUGAGUGGCAUCUCAGGCCUCUCAUCGUACGCUACCUCGAUUGUUUUAGAGGCUGGUGCAGAUGCUUCACGAGCGCUUCAAUUGCAAGAGGCCGGUCGUGGAGUAAUCGCAGGUCUUGCCAUCUCAGCUCGUAACGAUAUUAGCGACUUAGAAGCCCAAGCUCCUGAACUCGCGGCUGAAUACAAGAAUUGCAGACACCUACUCUCAUCGCAAGUCCCGGUGGCUCCACUCACUAGAGGUACUGCAAAUUCUACCGAGACUCACAGAGUAGACAGGUAUGAGCUGAACAAAAAGCUUGACGCGCUAGAAGACAAGAUCCGCCAAGAAGUUCCAGGCUUUCAGAACUUCCAACAACCUCUAUCGACUGAUGCCCUGAAGGCAUUGGCCAGUAAAGGUCCUGUUGUAUCAUUCAAUGUCAGCCACAUCAGGAGUGAUGCUUUCAUCAUCACGCAAACGGAUAUCACAUCUAUCUCAUUACCUGACCUGAAGGAGGAAGACCUGAACAGCAACGCCAGACUCUUUUUAGAGAGACCUAUGAUCACCAGGGGGAGUCUUAAUACUAAGAACACGAGGAAUGCAUCCCUGCUGCGCAUUCUGAAAUGGUUAUGGGAUGUUGCUGUGCAUCCAGUUUUAAAAGCGCUGGAUAUUGGUCAGAGACCAAAAGGCAAGAAACUCCCACGCAUCUGGUGGACCUCGAGUGGGCUGAUGGCACUGAUGCCUAUCCAUGCCGCUGGAGAUCACACUUCAGACAGCAGUCCGAAUAUGUUCGAUUUCGCCAUCCCUUCAUAUACCACGACACUGAAAACGCUUGCAUAUGCCCGCGAGACUAAAUGGAAACCGCUUCAGGGCGUAAAUUGUGAAUAUGCCUUCAUCGUGUCCCCAAACAAGGCAAGAGAAGACAAUGAAUUAUCAGUUGAACAGUCAGCAUAUGAGCUCAAUGACAUGGUUCAACAGCACUGCAAAACCAGAGUUCUCAUAGCUCCAGACAAGGCGAAAACUCUUUCAUCUCUCGCAUCAUGUAACGUCGUGUUCUUCGGAUGCCAUGGUCAAUCGAUGUCAACUCAACCCUGCAAGAGCUAUCUCCAACUUGGCACCAAUACCGACUCACACUUGACGAUCCAAGAGAUCCAAGGCUCGCGACAUCAGAACGCACAGCUUGCGUAUCUAUCUGCGUGCUCGACUGCAAAUGUAUCAGCCCGGCAUCUCGUAGAUGAAGUAGUCCAUAUAGCUGGAGCGUUUUCAUUAUUAGGAUUUCAACAGGUCGUGGGGACGUUUUGGGAGGCUAAGAAUAGCAAGGCUAGAGUGGUUGCUAAGCGAUUCUAUGAGGAGUUGAUGCUUGGGGAUGGUGAGGAUGAAGAUUGCAUUGCGAGGGCUUAUUAUACUGCGGUCAUGGAGCUGAGGGCAAGUAAGAUUCAAGAUCCGUUGGUUUGGGCUACUUUCGCUCACUUUGGGGCGUGA